UGUGUGUCUCUCUGUGUCUGUCUGUGUCUCUGUGUCUCUGUGUGUGUCUCUGUGUGUCUUUCUCUGUGUCUGUCUGUGUCUCUGUGUCUGUCUGUGUCUUUGUGUGUGUCUCUCUCUGUGUCUGUUUGUGUCUCUGUGUGUGCGUCUGUGUGUGUCUGUGUGUCUCUCUCUCUGUGUGUCUCUCCCUGUGUGUGUCUUUGUAUGUGUCUCUGUGUGUCUCUCUCUGUGUCUGUCUGUCUCUCUGUGUCUUUGUGUGUGUCUCUCUCUGUGUCUCUGUGUGUGUCUCUCACUCUGUGUGUCUCUCCCUGUGUGUGUCUUUGUAUGUGUCUCUGUGUGUCUCUCUCUGUGUCUGUCUGUGUCUCUCUGUGUGUCUCUCUGUGUGUGUCUGUCUCUGUGUGUGUGUCUCUCUGUGUCUGUGUCUCUCUGUGUGUCUCUCUUUGUGUCUGUUUGUGUCUCUGUGUGUGUCUCUCUGUCGCUGUUUGUGUCUCUGUGUGUCUCUAUGUGUGUGUGUGUCUCUGUCGCUGUCUGUGUCUCUGUGUGUGUCUCUCUCUGUCGCUGUUUGUGUUUCCAUAUGUUUGUAACGUUGUGUCUCUGUCCGUGUCUUCAGAGAGACAGAGAGACAUGGAGGACAGGGGAGACUCGGAGACAACUCAUGAAGACAUGAUAUCUGUAGAAGAUGGAAUUUGGAGCGAUCGCGUGAAGGCUGGUUUCCAUGAUGAUCUGGCUACCCACAAUGCAACACGUCUCUACCCGCGCCUCCUGCGAUCGAGCCGACUGUCCGAGUGCGACGCGUGGGACGGCAAGCUCCGAGUGUCAACACACGACUGGAAAAAGGAUGUCCGAGUGGGACCGGACUACCAAGCCAAGGUCUCAACACUGCUGAUGCCGUUGCCGUCCGCAAACAGCGAGCACUGUCUCAGCGCCAUCCCAGCGGGAGCGGACCUCUGCUGGGAGCCAUCUCGUCUGUCUGAGAGACAAGUGGAGGACUUCCUACUGAAGGCAUCUGGCCUAUCUGAGACGGCAUCUCCCCGCAGACAGAUCCGGGACAAUGAGAGUUUCCUCUCCGCUCUCGCCCACUGUCAGUACAACACAGCCACCGCCCUCCUCCUCAUCUCCUCCUCAUCCACCGCCAUCGUCCCAGCAUGUGGCCACACGACGGGCUGCUCAUCGCCGUGGUCCCAGCUGGAGUGCGCCCAGUUUGAGCGGGCUCUCUUCCGCAUAGGCAAGGUCUUCCACGCCAUGGGCCGACCCUCUACUUCUGGCACCACCACUGCUGGCACAACCACUGCGGUUGGCGGCUGUUUGGUUGGUGGUGGUGUUGGCAGCUGUGCGGUCCCCACGCGAUCGCCAUCCGAGUGCGUUGCCUUCUACUACCUCUGGAAGAAGAGCGAGCGCUGUGACGCCUUCCUGACGCUUCGCAGGGCGCGCCUGGGCAAGCUUCGGAGGUACAACGCAGUGGGGGGGGGGACGUCCAUGGGGGGGACAGCAGCAGUGGCUUCGUCUGCGUCUUCAUCGGCUUUAUCAGUAGGGAUGUUGGGGGAGACCGCAGCAGCGUCAGCUUUGUUGUCUUCAUCGCACGGCCAGCAGGCCAACAAGCUGCGGAGGUACAACACAGCGGGGGGGACAUCCACGGAUGGGAGAGCAGCAGAUUCAGCUUUGUCGUUGCCGCACAUCCACCAGGCCACCAAGCUGCGGAAGUACAACGUGACAGGGACGUCGACAGCUUCAGUAGGGACGUCCGUGGGGACGGCAGCAGCUUCGUCUUUGUCGUUACCGCAUAGCGAGCAGGUGGCCACCAAACUGCGUAGGCACAACACAGGGGGGACGUCCGUGGGGACUGCAGCAGCUUCAGCUUUGUUAUCAUCUUCUCACGGCCAGCAGGCUCCACCAGGGGCCUUCCAUUCGUCGACGUCAUUAUCCAUGACGUCGUCGUCGUACUACCAUCCGGCUGCCACCGAUCUCAUGGAGAGGAUUCUGGACGAGAUGUCGGCCAAUGCCAUGGCCACCACCACCACUGGUAGUGGCAGCAGCACUGUUGCCGCUGCCACUACUGAUUUUGACGAUGAUGACGAUGAUGACGAUGAUGAUGGUGAUGAUGAUGAUGUUCGUGAUGGUGGUGGUGAUGAUGAGCAUGAUGAUGGUGAUGAUGUUGGUAGUGGUGAUGGUAGUGGUGGUGAUGAUGAUGAUCAUUGUGGAGGUAGUGGUGCUGGUGGUGGUGGUGAUGGUGCUGGUGGUAAUGGUGCAGGUGCUGGUGGAGAUUGUGGUGAUAGCGAUGUUAGUGUUGACGGUGCUGGUGGUGGUGGUGUGAAAAUCGCCACUGCUGCCACCGAUGUUUGUAACGAUUAUGAUGUUAAGGAUGGUGGUACUGGUGGUAGUGGAGAUAUUGAUAGUGCUGGAGGAGAUUGUGGUGAUGGUUGUGUAAAAAUUGCCACCACUGCAACCAAUGUUAAAAACGAUGUUUAUAAGACUGAUGGUGGUGGUUAUGUAAAUGAUGAUGUAAAACUAGCUACUACUUCCACCAGUAUUGAACACGAUUGUGAUGAUUACGUGGGUGGUGGUGAUGGUGCUGUUGAUGUGGAUGGUGGUGUUGGUAGUGUUGGUAGUGUUGGUAAUGGUGGUGAUGAUGCUGUUGAUGUUGAUGCACAUGUUGGUGAUGAUGAUGUGAAAAUUGCUACAGCUGACAUCAAUGUUGAAGGUUAUGAUGAUUGUGAUGGUGAUCAUGUUGAUGAUAGUGAUGAUGAUAUGGAUGGUGGUGGUGGUGGUGAUGGUCGUGACGGUACUGGUGAUUAUGGUAAUGAUAUGGAUGGUGGUGGUGACAAUUGCAGUAAUAGUGAUGGUGCUGUUGAUGAUAAUGAUAAUGGUGUUUCUGGUGGUUAUAUUGGCGAUGGUAAUGAUAACGAUGGUAGUAUUGAUGUGAGAUUUGCAGCUGAUGGUGGUGGUGAUGAUAAUUGCGUAUGUGGUGGUGGUGUUGGUGGUGGUAAUAUUAGCAGUGGUAGUGAUGGUGGUGAUGUAAUUGGUGCGGCACUGAGAGGAUGAGUGGUAGACGCAGGUUACUGAUGAAAUGGAGUCUGCCUCAGUAGCUCGUGAUCAAUAAUCUCUCUUUAAUUCUAUCAAAAAAGUAACAUGUAGCAGCACACCUAUCCUUUAGGGAAAGAACAACGAUCCUAUCUCUGACUUCUAGGAACAUGUUUAGAGGUUUUUCAGAGAAUAUCUAUAAUGUCUUGGGGGAGGGGAAAUCCCCCAGCCCCGAUAACAUCAUGGGGCAAGGUGGGGGGACGACCCUGCUUGGGCUGCGGUGCCUCAAAUAUUGGAAGAAGUAGCCACCCCUUGUGAGUUUUUGAAUGAUGUGCCAUCUAUUGAGGAAGUACGAAGAGUGAUCCAGAGUCUGCGACUAGCAAAAACGAUGGGGAGAGAUGAUCUCCCAAGAAAACUUCUGACGGUAGGUAGUGUUUUUGUGCAGACUGGCAAAAGGUCUUGACAAGAAUUAUUUAACAUCACCUUGCCAGGCAUAUUGAGGAGAGGCUUGCGGAGCCCCAAUGUGGUUUCAGGCCGGGGUGGUCCUGCACAGACGCCAAAUUAUCUGUCCGUCUGCUACAGCAGAGGCAUAGGGAAUUCCAACAGGACCUACAGCUCUGCUUUAUUGACCUGGUCAAGGCCUAUGAUACCUUAAUUUUUAAAAAUCCAGAUUAAAAUGUAUUUCGUUUACAACUGCUAUAUGUAUCUUGAUUCUUUCAAUCUUGCAAGGCAUCCUUCCAAUCCUGCGGAACCCAUCCUGUAGUCCAGACAGUUGAUGUCAUGUAGGGCAGUCUGCAUAUAUGUGCCACCUUCCUUCAGUAGUUGGAUUGGGAGAUCAUCUCUGCCUAUCGCUUUUCCUGGUCUCAGACACUGGAACGCCAUUCAGGUGUGACUAAGUCUGACAAUAUUUUAGGCACUAUAGCCCCAGCAGGGUCGUCCUCACCUUGCCUCAUGAUGUCUGGGCUGAAACAAUUCCCCUUCCCCAAUACCUCGUAGAAAUAUUAUGCAAACCUGAAUACCAGUUCCUGGAGUUCAGAGAUUGGAUCACUGUUUUUUUCUUAAUGAAUGGCGAUAGGUGAGGCUCUGCAAGUUACUUUUUUGUGAUUGUGGGCUACUGAGGCAGAUUCCAUCUCCUUAGCAACCCACAACUCAUCCUUGCAGCGCUCCAUGGCUCUCCGAACCUCUGAGUGAAGGCUGCGGUAAGCCGUUUUUUGUGCACAUGUACCCAUACGAGUGUACAUGCACAGCAAUGCACAUGUACACACCAGUUUUACAUCCAGCACUGUGCAUACACACAAGUGUACUUACACGUGGACAUCCACACGUACAUACACACGAGUGUGCAUGCACAUCAGUUUUAACGUUAAUAUUUUAGCAGAUUAAUAAAAACAGUUUUUUUUUAA